AUGCUAUUGAAUCUGUGCAAGUACGUUCCAACAUUAGCACUAUUCCUUACAGCACACUCUCUGGUUGUAAUCAGCUACGUAAAUAAGCAGAAACAGAAACUAUGUGUUGUACUGGCUGCAAUAUUCGGACUUCUUAACAUCUGCGUGAUGCGGGGCACUUUCAAUUUCAAUAGGCCAAGUCCACUGAUUCUACUUCUGAAAUGUGACAUUAUUCUCUACGUAUGGGAGAUAUUCAUGGGAGUAUGCUCCAUCAUACAGUACCAGUACGCUGGUUACUACGGAUUUGGAAUCAUUGCAUGUGGUGUAGUACUCUUUCUAAGCAACCUGAUCAAGUUUGUUCUAAUCAGGUAUUACAUUGAUAAGAAUGGAUAUGAGCUGUUUUCAGACGUGUUAGAGCUAGAGAAGUUUGUUAUAAUAUGCAGAGAUGGAUACAAACACUUUACGGAUGACGCAAUUGUCCAAAAUAUGCUGGAAAACAAGGGUGGUCUCGAUACGCGUGUUUUGUUCUGUAUGUGGUCGAAUUGCAACGAAACUCGUGACAGACUCGAUCAGGAAGAGGCUCUCUCAUUCAUAAAGAGCAAAAUAGAGGAAGUUCAUAAGGAUAUUACGACAGACAUUAAUGAGAUAGGCGGAAUGAGCCAUGGGAUUGAGAAGAACAUUCGUGUCUUAGACGAGAACGAGGACGAUGGUUCCGAUGCGGAGAUUGAGUUGGAUUUGAGCCCAGAUGAGAGUAGCGGAGACGAGGAUGGCAGCGAGGAGGAUGAGAUGGAGGCAACUACGAUUCAAUGUGGAAGCAAGGCAGAAGUAGAGAGAAUAUCGUGGGCCACAGAAUCAGUGGAAUACGAUAAGGUGGAUAAGGCGUAUUUGGUGACAAUAAAGAGGGAGAAGCUGAAUGAGGUAGCUUUGGAAGGCGUAAUAACACUGAAGAGCAUUCAGAAGACGUUGACUGAGGAGGACGCAAAAAGGUGCCUGAAAAUUAUCACAAGGGGCUUUAUGCAAAUGAUAAAAUACGAGGACUUCGUGGAGCACAUGCGGGAGCUAAACAAGGAACGUGGAGUCUUCAUCAGUGCCCAGGCUGGACAGAAAAUCGUACAAGAGGAGCUAAGGAAGAUAUUCAUCUCCCUGAAGUGCGUUGGAUUUCUGCUGAUAUUUAUGCUCCUGUUUACGUGGAACGUGAAUGCCAAGGCGACUGUUCUUCCGGUGCUUCUCUUCACUGUGCAACCACUGUGGUACUUCUACAUGCCAUUCCUCUACCUGGUCUACCACAUGCCAUUUCGAGUUGGUGAGAAAGUCGUAAUCAAAAACGAGGCCAUGAGAGUUGUUGAAAUGCGCCUGUGCUACACGCUGUUCAAGGACGCAAAUAAGCAGUUUAUCACAAUUCCAAAUAAGGCGAUAUACAUGUCCACGGUGCAGAAUAUCUACCAAUCUAUUCAUCAGACACUUCUAUUCAAAAUCAAGGUUGCCAAUAACACAAGUAGGCAGAUUAUGGGCGUACUCAGGCACAAAAUGACACAAUUUGGAACUGAUUGUGGAUUCAUCAGGAAGAUUGAGAUGGAUUGCACCAAGGUGGUUGAUAUGAACUACUACGAGAUGGAAAUGCGAAUAACUCACCCAUUCAACUACUCCAGCGGCUACUUCAAGGCCAAGGCCCAUGACAUCUUCCUGCACGAACUAAUCAGACAAAUAGAACACUUGCGAAUUGAUGGAGGCCACCAGAAGCCACGGGUGACUCUGGUUGGAAAAAGAAUCAAAUUUGAAUAG